GCACCUGCUUAGUAAAUCACACCCCACAAACACACUCUCCCCUUUCCUCACUUUCUUUUCCCCAGGUUUUAUUGGAAAAGAAAAACAAAUGUCCCUUUCCAGGUGGCGUAGUAACCCAACUUUCUCUCCUCAUCCCUCAUUUUCAUCACUUCAUCAACAACACACCAUUUUCUUCACUUCUUCUAUUCUUCAAACAUAUAACAAACCUGCAUGUUUUCCACUCUAUGCUAGUGCUAGAUCUUUUUCUUGCUUUUCCACAACCUGUUUGUUUUCUGCAAAUUGGCUAUUUAUGAGAGACUCAACUUUAGCCCUACUUCCUUCACUGCAUAUAGUUGAUUGCCCUUGCUAGAGAUAUAUCAUGGAAGAUUUUUACAAGUUGAACCCUCUUCUGUCUUGUCCUGAGGAUGUUGUUAGAGAAGUUAACGUCAACGCUUCUGCUACUGAUGCUUCUGAAUUAAAUAUAGGACUUGUGGCCAAUAACUUCCUUCACCUCCAAGAACCCCAAACAUCGGAUCGCUUCAUCAAGAACCAGAUCGCCACUCACCCUCUCUAUCCAAAUCUAGUAUUUGCUUACAUAGAAUGUCGAAAGGUUGGAGCACCGCCAGAACUGGUUUCAAUUCUUGAAGAAAUAUCUUGUGAAAGCCAUUCAACGGAUUCUCUUCGUGAGAUUGGUGAUGAUCCUGAGCUUGACGAGUUCAUGGAGUCAUACUGCGAAGUUCUUCAUAGAUACAAGCAGGAGUUGUCCAAGCCAUUCAACGAAGCGACCUUAUUUUUGUGUAAUAUCGAAUCACAACUCAGCAAUCUUUGUAAUGGAACGCUAACAACACCAUUGGAUAACAACCGCUCAGACGAAGCAACUGGGACAUCAGAGGAUGAAUUAAGUCGGGAGAAGGUGGAAAUAGUUGAAGGUUACGAAUCUUCUACUUCACGUCUAGGUGAUCAAGAGCUCAAAGAAAUGCUCCUUCGUAAGUAUGGUGGUUAUCUUUGUAGCUUGAGAAAGGAAUUUCUAAAGAAAAGGAAAAAGAGUAAGCUACCAAAGGAUGCAAGGAUGAUACUGAUGGACUGGUGGAACACACACUAUAGGUGGCCUUAUCCUACGGAGGAGGAGAAAGUGCAGCUAUCAGAAAUGACUGGACUUGAUCAAAAGCAGAUCAACAAUUGGUUCAUCAAUCAGAGGAAACGACAUUGGAAACCAUCUGAAGACAUGCGAUUUGCCAUCAUGGAUGGUGUAAGUGGCAGCAAUAUUAUAGGAGAGACUAUGUAAUUUAUUUCUGAACAUGCAUGAUUCUUGCAUUGCUAGUUGCUAGCUACUUGUAACUUCUUUUGGACUGAUGUGAGUGUGUAUACGUUCUAUUCCACGAGUGAGAUAUUAUUUCUUGGAACCUGCACUUGUAAGCUAAGUAGCUAGGUCCCUUCCUAUGCAAGAGUGUAAAACUUGUAGCUAUAUAUGACAGUCAUAAUCGAUCAAUGUUCCUGAAUCAUUAUUUUAUGACAAUAAAUUGUACUAUUAAUUGCUUACUUA